UUCGAUCAAAAAACCCUAGCCAGCCGCCUCCGCUCCCUUCCCCGCCCCCUGCCCCGCCAGUGCUCUCGAUUGCCGGAGGCAUGGCCGGCCCCACUAAGCCGCCUCGUCGAGACCAGCCACCCCCUCCCGACGACGGUGUCCACCAGCGUCGCCAGCCCCCUCCCGGCAGGGGCGGCAUCGAUCCCGUGGUCGCGCCGGCGACGGCGGCGGCGGCGGUGGCAGUGAAGGAGAAGGGGAAGGAGGUGGUGACGGUGACGGCGAAGGGGGAGGAGGCGGAGACGAAGAAGGAGGAAGAUAAAUUGGGUGAGAUGAAGUGCGUUCAAGUGCUAACAAAGCGGAUUCGCCGUCACCGCAAGAGGUUGGAUGAUAUCAGAAAGAUGAGGGAGAAAGGCAAGCCCCUUAAUGACGAGCAACUGGCGGAUGAAGCGCAUCUCGCUGCAGUAAUGCGGGAUCUCGAGUAUCUUAUCAAUGGGCUCAAGGACGCCUGCAUUCAGGACAUCGACUCUGCACUCCAUGAGAAAAGCAGCAAGGACAGGGGCAGACGAUUGAACAAAACGAGAGCAAUGCUAAAGGAAAAUGUCGAGGAUUUACCACCACUGCCUAGCACCAGCAGUUCCUCUGGAACCCCUCAGAUAUCAUGGCUUGGUGUUUCUUCUAGUGCCAGUGAUGAUCUAUUGCGCAGGGGGUUUUGGUGUUUUUUCGGGAGCUUCAAAAUGAAUGAUGAGAUGGAGGAAUUCUACAUCGGAGAAGCAAUCUCCUUGUCCAACCGCCAAUCUAAGUUCUUCUGCGUACAUUACAAGCAUUUGGAGAUGUAUGACAAAAAUUUGGCAAUUGGCAUCUGUACCAAUCGAAAAAGGUUGAAGGAGAGCUUGGAAGAUGUAUCCCGGCAAUUUGUCAUGAGAACUCUGAAAGAAAUGCUCCCCAGGGAUUCCUUUGUUGCAGUUCGUGAUAUCGUGGAGAGGCUGCGGCUGAAGUUUGUCGGGAUACCAGAUAGCCACGAAAAGCUUGCCACUUUUUUGACCCGGGAAAUGGUGAUCUGGUAUGUGUAUGAACGAAGGAGCUUUCCUAGCCCUAAUGUUGAUGGGUUCUUAAUGUUUCACGGCAUCUUGGCCGAAAUUGUGAACAACCAUAAGCAUGGAAGAUCAUGGAAUGGCCAUUUCGAGAGAGAUGAUAUUGAAGUCUACAAUGGCAAGUUUUUCAAGAUCAUAAAGCCUGCUGUCUACAUCUUUGACCCAUCUCAAAUGUCGUUAGAGGUUGCAGGUUUCUUGAAAAAUGACUUUGGGGCUUGCAAGUUCCUGAUUGCUAAGUUCAACAGUGAUGGUCGCCUCCCUGUAUAUUUUAUUCAACUUGAAGAAGCUCUAACAGAAACACCAGUUGAGGAAUUUCUUCAUGCCUUUGACUCAGAUCUUUACGACAAGAUUCUACACCACCCAGGAAUUAAACACCCAUUUGUUCGUGCACAGUUUCUCUGUGGCACUUACCAAGCAUGCAGGGCACAUGAUAGGUAUGACCCUGAAGCUAAGUUCAAGGAGGUGUUGUACAACUUUAUUAUCCCUAGCUUGGACGUGGCAGACGCAAUGAUAAAGUCAGGGAUAGAUAUCCUGGAGAAGGUUCUUUAUUUCCAGCAGGAACAAGUGUGGCGUGCUUUGGAUAAGGGUAGAGGGCCUGAAGUGAGAAUGCCCCUCCCCGGUAACAAAUUUCGUGCUUGGAACAACAAAGCUGCUUUCUUUCACUCCUUGCUCACCGACGACAUCAAUUAUGCUUCAAAUGAUGGUGGAACUUACAUUAGCAUCAAGAGGCAUCUCAUAGCACACGGCCCAGAUUACUCCAAGGAGGAGAAGGUGUUCAUAGAGAGGGGUACAGGGCAAGAUGAUGGGGUUGGAUACCUUGAGGUCCAGAGGGGCAGCAAGAGUCCCAGAAAGCAGAGGCUUGAUUCUAUCGAGGUCCUGGAGAUUAUGGGUGCAUUCAUCUCAGAGGAUGCGUUGGCGGCAAUAAUUUCAGAGCUAUUGGAUAUGUCGGCCAUGACUGGAAAACUGAAGCCGGUCUGGGAGUUAUACAAGACCAGUGGGUUUGAGCCGUCAAGUCUAGAUGUGCAGAACUUGCUGGAGAUGCUGGGCCUUGGUGGAGAAGAGAAUGAAGAAGACGAUUGACAUUCAAUUGCAGCAGUCCAUGAAAACAUUUGGUGACUUGGAUCAUCUAGCCGUAGUGCCUGUAGGAGUUUAUGUAUGUUUGUUAACCGGUGAAACUAGCUAGCUAUUGUCUAUCGUCUGAUGUCUCUAAGAAGUUUGGAUUGUCCUUUAGUUGGGCAGUGGCCAUGGUAUGUUUUUGCUGUAGGCAGUAAUGGCUGUCAUCAAACUGCUAUCCAAACUGAUCUUGCGUUUUAACACACAUCUGAGGAGCUAUGUUUUGAACUGUUGUCGAGGUGAACCCUUAGGGUCGUUUUUGAACUAUUUGCUGGCUGUA